UAGGAGGCUGAAUACGAAUGCCAGGCAGAUAGACAGCAGCAGGCUGUGAGCUGGGCCUGAGAAGCGGCUGCUAGCUCAGCAGAGUGCUGAGGGCUUGGGCUAGAUUAUAGAACUGCAGUCAGAGUAAUCAAAGGCAGGACUGGCAGGCUGCUGAGCACUUGUCUCCCUCAAUCGCCACUGGGAGACGAGUUGACACAGCAGGACAAGUUGCUAUAGCAGUGUGGACUACAGUAGGAGUCUAUUUUGGUCCUGCCGUCAGAUGACGAUGUCACCUUGCACAAGUGGCAGUGCUGGUGAGGGGGAACAGGUUGCCUGAAGUGGGCUUCAAAAGUAUGUCAGGGGUGGAUAAGGACGAGGAACCUGCUUACAGACUGUACUUCUAUUCUGCAUCUUUUCAGCGCUCCAACAGCCAUGACAAGGUGAGAAAGAUUGUUGCAGAAGAAGGCCGUGCUGCUCGAAACCUCAUAGCUUGGAGCGUACCCCUGGAAAACAAAGAGGAGGAAGCAAAGUCCAAAAGCAACUCCAGUGGGAAUUCGAGGGCACAGAGGAUCAAUUCUGGACAACAAAGGAAUAAGAAACAGAAUGCUGCCAUUGAAAAUAAAGGGACAGCUGGUGCCUUAUUGGAUAAGGGAGUGGAAAAGAGUCCUACAAAAACCAGACAGCCCCGCAAAGUGGACCUGCGAGCACGCUACUGGGCAUUUCUCUUCGACAACCUUCGUCGAGCUGUGGAUGAGAUAUAUGUCACCUGUGAAUCUGAUCAGAGUGUUUUGGAAUGCAAGGAGGUGUUGAUGAUGUUGGACAACUACGUGCGGGAUUUUAAAGCUCUCAUCGACUGGAUUCAGCUUCAGGAGAAGCUGGAGAAAACAGAUGCCCAGAACAGACCCACCUCUUUGGCAUGGGAGGUGCGCAAAAUGUCCCCCGGGCGGCAUGUGAUGCCAAGCCCCUCUGCGGACCGAAUGGUUCCCUCUCCAGGUGCACGCCGCACCCUGAACUUUGGUGGUCCUCCACCAACUCUGGCUGCAGCUCGGCUGUCGCACACAGGCCCCAGCUGGGCCGACAGAGUAAAGUGUAAUCAGUCAGCACCUAGCGCAAGUCAACCCGUCACCUACCCAAUAGAAAAACCAGGUAAAAAAGAUGCUGAGGGCUGGGAGACCGUCCAGCGGGGACGUACUGCCAAGCCUCGUUCCGCUGCCAUAGUUGCCAAGGCCAGUCCCGUCUUGGCUCAUGUCACCCCGAAACAGGACUGCACCAAGGAGAACCAGUCAUAUCUGCCACCACAGGAAGAGCAAACGCCACGUCAGAGUCCCCCUGACAAGGACACGACCCAGACGGACACUCAACAUCAAGCCCCUGCUGAGCCUGAGCCUCUGGAGGUGGUUGAACAUCCAGAGAAUGGGCACAUGAUGGAGCCCCCAGCAGAGAGUGUACAAGACUCAGGGCAGUGUGUCGACGCACCCUGUGAAGACGCGCCUCCCCCAAUAGCAGUUCCUACCACUUCCCAAGCCCCAGAGUCCACACCAUCCUCAGCCACAGACCCACCCACAGACAUUGCCUUAUCAGUCCCAGUCCCAGUCCCUGCUCUGGCUGUAUCCCAAUCCUCAGAUCUUCCCCAGACGGAUGGGCUCGGUGCACUGUUGGCCUUGGGGGACAGUGGGGCAGAGGGGGGCGCGUCGCAGGGCAUGGCCACAUCUGCUCCAGGACAUGCUGAGACUCCCAUGGCAGCGGUGAAACUGGAGAGUGUGCUGGACCCCACAGAGCUUUCUACUCCGCAGUCCAUGGCAGAAGUUUUGGCCAAGAAAGAGGAGCUGGCUGAUCGUCUGGAGAAAGCCAAUGAGGAGGCAAUUGCCAGUGCCAUUGCUGAGGAAGAGCAGCUGACAAGAGAGAUUCAGGCUGAGAACAAUGAGCUGGAGACUGAUAACGAAAGUGAUUUCUCUGUUAGCAUCAGCAAUGGAGUCUGUGGAGUUAAUAUGGAUUGGAGUGACAUGCUGGCAGAUUAUGAUGCCCGGGAGCCUUGGAGGCAGAGCACAUCAUGGGGAGAUAUAGUAGAAGAAGAGCCUUCUCGGCCUCCUGGGCAUGGGAUUCAUAUGCAUGAAAAACUGUCUUCACCAUCACGGAAAAGAACCAUUGCAGAGUCAAAGAAGAAACAUGAGGAGAAACAGCUGAAGGCGCAGCAGCUGAGGGACAAACUCCGUGAAGAAAAGACGCUCAAACUGCAGAAGCUUUUGGAGAGAGAGAAGGAGGUGAGGAAAUGGAAGGAGGAGCUGCUGGAGCAACGCCGAAGGAUGAUGGAGGAAAAACUGUUACAUGCAGAGUUUAAGCGAGAGUUGCAACUUCAGGCAAUAGUGAAGAAGGCACAAGAGGAAGAGGCCAAGGUGAAUGAAAUCGCCUUCAUCAAUACCCUGGAGGCCCAAAACAAGAGGCAUGAUACUCUGGCCAAGUUAAAUGAAUAUGAACAACGCCUUAAUGAGCUCCAGGAGGAGAGACAGAGGAGACAAGAGGAGAAGCAAGCCAGAGAUGAAGCUGUGCAGGAGCGUAAGCGGCUCCUAGAAGCAGAGCGACAAGCAAGGGUGGAGGAACUGCUGAUGCGGAGGAAGGAACAGGAGGCUCGUAUUGAACAGCAAAGGCAGGAAAAAGAGAAGGCCAGAGAAGAUGCAGCACGGGAAAGAGCCAGAGACCGAGAAGAACGUCUGGCUGCUCUUAGUGCUGCUCAACAGGAGGCUAUGGAGGAACUGCAGAAGAAAAUUCAGAUGAAGCAUGAUGAAAGCAGCCGUAGGCAUAUGGAGCAAAUUGAACAGAGGAAAGAAAAGGCUGCUGAGCUCAGCAGUGGUCGACAUGCUAACACAGACUACGCCCCCAAACUGACACCCUAUGAGCGCAAAAAACAGUGCUCUCUGUGUUGUGUUGUGAUCACCUCAGAGGUGCACCUGUUCAGCCACACCAAGGGCAAGAGGCACCAACAGGCAGUGCGAGACAGUAGCAGCAUCCAGGGACGGGAGCUCUCGGAUGAGGAAGUGGAGCAUCUAUCCUUGAAGAAAUACAUUGUGGAUAUUGUGACUGACGGCUCUGUUUCCUCUGAGAGCGUGAAGGAUGGAGAAGAAAAGCAGAAGGCACGAAAGAAAGCAAAGAAACUCCGUGCCAGGAUGAAUUCCAGGGCGAAGGAAUAUGAGACGUCAAUGGAGGCAAAGACACAAGUCCCCGACUCCCCAUACAAGGCUAAGUUGCAGCGCCUGGUGAAGGACCUGUUGAAGCAGCUGCAGGGCCAAGACAGCGGACAGUGGGCCAACAACAAAGUUUCUGGUCUGGACAGAACCUUAGGAGAGAUUUCACGUAUCUUAGAGAAACAGAACAAUGCCGACCAAGUGGCCUUCCAAGUGGGCGGUGGUCUAUCAGCUCUGGAACAAAUUCUGCAGGUCAUCACUGCUGGGUCCACGCCCACUGCAGUCACUCGUAUUCCUCUCAAAUCCCUCUGUGCUGCUGUAAAUACCUACUACCUGGCAUGCUCUUGCUGCUCUGUUAACUGUUCCUAUGUGCUGUUCAGUAACAAGAUCGCACUCCUCAUGGACCUGUUGCUGCAUCAGUUAACACUGUAUGUCCCAGAUGAAGACAAGUCCCUUUUUGUGCGAAGCGUCAACAAACAGGUCUUUGAAGGUCUGACUACAGGCCUGCUGCAGACCAUUGCUACCAUCCUGGGGUCCCUGUGGCCACACAUCUCUGAGGCGGGCGAGAACAUAAGGAUUUCCUCCCCUGAUGCCAAGGUCAAGAGCUCUGCCACAGAGUCCUUCAACACUCGUACACAAGACCUAAUCAGCUACAUUGUAAACAUGGGCUUGAUCGACAAGCUGUAUGGGUGCUUCCUAUCUGUUCAAGGUCCUGUAGAUGAGUACCCCAAGAUGUCUGCCUUCCUUCAGCAAGCCUCAGCUCUACUGCACAGCAUGUGUAAUCUGUGCUUUGUUGUAACCGGGCGUGCUCCCACAAUAUUUGACAACAAGCGGCAGGAUCCCACUGGAUUGACGGCCCUGCUGCAGUCCACAGACCUGGUGGGAGUUGUCCAUACCCUCUACUGCAUCCUUCUGCACAGUUUCGUGCCCGAGUCUUCUUCCCAAAGUCAGGAACCCUACGGCCCUGGGGUCAUCCAGGUGGCUUUGCAAGGCAUCCGCUUCCUCAACAGUUUUGCCCUCCUCGACCUGUCGGCCUUUCAGUCUGUCCUAGGAGCUGAAGGCUUGUCUCUUGCUUUCCGACACAUCGUCAGCUCCCUGCUCUGGUACUGUACCCAGCAGUCCUCUGAAGAGCUACUGCACGAAGUUAUCAUCUGUGUAGGAUACUUCACUGUUAACCACCCUGAUAACCAGGUGAUAGUGCAGUCUGGCCGCCAGCCCAGCGUGCUGCAGAAACUGUGUCAGCUGCCCUUCCAGUACUUCAGCCACCCGCGCCUCAUCAGGGUGCUCUUCCCCUCCCUCAUCUCCGCGUGCUACAACAACUCUCAGAACAAGGUCAUCCUGCAGCAGGAGAUGAGCUGCAUUCUGCUCGCCUCAUUCAUUCAGGACUGUGCUGCAAAUGAAAAAGAGUCUGACAACAAAACAAAGCAAGCAGUUUCCCAGCCUCUGGAUUACUGUGAGUUGUCCAACCGCUUUCCAAGAGAUCAGUGGGACUCAGCACUGCAGUUUUUUCUCAAGAAGCAGGAGGAGUGAUGGAGGUGCCCACUGUCCUCAGGGCGGAUAAGCACACUGUAAACACUACAGAACUGACUGACGUGAUGUCCACCGUGCUGAGUUUACCGAGUUAAAGUCAAACACGUGUAAAAAGUUUGCUCUUCAGAUUCACAGAAAAAUUGUGAAGCCUUACUUUGUCAGUUCCAUCUGUUUUGAUUUCUUAGAAAUCAUUUUGAUGUUUAUAAGAAAUUUGCACAAAAUGUAUUGUUUGUAUAUUACAGUUAAAAAAAGCGCACAACUAUUCCAUUUAAUGUCUAUGUUUGUCUUUGUUCUAUAGAUGAAAUUAGAUCCGUUUUCAAAUACAAGUCUGAAAAGUUGUACUUAAACUGUAAUGACUUAUUUGCCAAACAUUUUCAUGUACUGUUCAUGUUAAUUUAUUGUAUUUGUGUUAUUUUUGAAUGUUAAUGACCAGAGUGUUAUCUCUAGUCUAUUGCAAGUUGAAAGUUACAUAACCUGCCUUGUUUGAAAAUAUAAAUGUAAAGCGUUAUAUUUUCAGGCUCACAUCUUUUUUUUUCUUUUUCCCUCUUUGAUGGGAGGCACCUUCAGAUGAACCUAAUUUAUUGUUAUUUACUCUCAUUCUGUAAAAUAAAAUACUUAUCCUUCUAAA